GGAGCUGAAGUGAGCAGAGAAACAAGACAUUCUUUUUUCUCCAUAAAACCUCUCAAAAAACCCUAGAAAUUUUCUAAAAGUUCAUUACGUCCUCUCUCAAUUCCCUAAUUUCUCCCAAAAUUGAGAGGCGGUUUAGCCAGCAUGUACUGGUUAGCAACGCGAAGCGUUGUCGUUUCGUUUCCCAGAUGGCGUUCCCUUGCCGUUCUCCUUCGUUAUCCUCUCAACAAGCACGCUUCCUAUAUUCCUUCACCACUUAUUAUGAGACAGUUUGGGCGGAUACACUGUUUCAAAGAUCAGAAGACUUCGAGAGGAAACACCAGGAAAUAUAAGGCAUCAGAUAAGUCCCCAAAUGAUAAGGAUCUUUCUCACAUAGUCUGGUGGAAAGAGAGACUGCAGUUGUGCCGCAAGCCUUCGACUCUCAAUUUGGUUAAGAGGCUUGUGUAUAGCAAUUUGCUUGGUUUGGAUGUCAACCUGAAAAAUGGCAGUUUGAAAGUAGGAACCCUCAAUGCGGAGAUAUUGCAGUUCAAGUCAAAGUUUCCACGUGAGGUUUUGCUUUGCAGGGUUGGGGAUUUUUAUGAGGCCCUUGGGAUAGAUGCUUGCUUUCUUGUAGAAUAUGCUGGCUUGAAUCCUUUUGGUGGUUUGCGUUCAGAUAGUAUUCCACGGGCUGGCUGUCCUGUUGUGAAUCUGCGACAAACUUUGGAUGAUCUAACACGAAAUGGUUUUUCAGUGUGUAUUGUGGAGGAAGUUCAAGGUCCAACACAAGCCCGCUCUCGUAAAGGGCGUUUUAUAUCUGGGCAUGCACAUCCAGGUAGUCCUUAUGUAUUUGGACUUGUAGGGGUUGAUCAUGAUCUUGAUUUUCCAGAGCCAAUGCCUGUUGUUGGGAUAUCACGUUCUGCAAGGGGUUAUUGCAUAACUUUGGUCUUAGAGACUAUGAAAACAUAUUCAUCAGAGGAUGGUCUUACUGAAGAAGCAUUGGUAACCAAGCUGCGAACCUGUCGAUAUCAUCACCUAUUUCUUCAUUCAUCGUUGAGAGACAAUGCUUCAGGAACUUCCCGUUGGGGGGAAUUUGGUGCAGGAGGUCUGUUGUGGGGAGAAUGCACUGCCAGACAAUUUGAAUGGUUUGGAGGUGAUCCUCUUGCUGAGCUACUGUAUAAGGUAAAGGAGCUUUAUGGGCUUGACAAUGAGGUUACUUUCAGAAAUGUCACUGUGCCUUCAGAAAAUAGACCCCGUUCUUUACAUCUAGGAACAGCAACACAGAUUGGUGCCAUCCCAACAGAAGGAAUACCCUGUUUAUUAAAGGUGCUGUUUCCAUCAAGUUGCACUGGAUUACCAGCUCUGUAUAUUAGAGAUCUUCUUCUUAAUCCUCCUGCUCAUGAGAUUUCAUCCACAAUUCAAGCAAUUUGCAGACUUAUGAGCAGUGUCAAAUGUUCAAUUCCUGAGUUUACUUGUGUCUCAUCUGCAAAGCUUGUGAAGCUACUGGAACUAAGGGAGGCCAACCAUAUUGAAUUUUGCAGAAUAAACAAUGUUGUGGAUGAAAUAUUGCACAUGUAUAGAAGUAUCGAGCUCAGAGAUAUCCUGAAAUUAUUGAUGGAUCCGGCAUGGGUGGCCACAGGGUUGAAAGUUGACUUUGAGACACUGGUUAGCGAGUGCGAAUGGCUUUCAGAUAGAAUUCGUCAAAUGAUUUUUCUGGAUAGUGAAAGUGAUCAAAAGAUUAGCUCAUAUGCAAAUAUUCCUGGUGAUUUUUUUGAGGACAUGGAAUCUUCGUGGAAAGGGCGAGUCAAGAGGAUCCAUAUAGAAAAAGAAGUUGCAGAAGUUGAAAGGGCAGCUGAAGCCCUAUCAUCAGUGAUAACUGAGGCUUUCCUCCCCAUCAUCUCAAGAAUAAAAGCUACCUCGGCUCCACUUGGUGGCCCAAAGGGAGAAAUAUUAUAUGCUCGAGAACAUGAAGCUGUUUGGUUUAAGGGAAAGCGGUUUGCACCAGCUGUAUGGGCUGGUACUCCUGGGGAAGAACAAAUUAAACAGCUUAAGCCUGCUUUAGAUUCGAAAGGUAGAAAGGUUGGAGAGGAAUGGUUUACCACAAUGAAGGUAGAGGACGCUUUAAUAAGGUACCAUGAUGCUGGUGCGAAGGCGAAGGCUAGGGUUUUGGAAUUGUUAAGAGGACUUUCUACCGAGUUACAGACUAAGAUAAACAUCCUCGUAUUUGCUUCUAUGCUGCUUGUUAUUGCAAAGGCAUUAUUUGCUCAUGUGAGCGAGGGGAGAAGAAGGAAAUGGGUUUUCCCUACACUUACAGGAUUCAGUAGUUCUAAGGGUGGAGAAUCAAUUGAUGAAACGAAAGGGAUGAAGAUAAUUGGACUGACACCUUAUUGGUUUGAUGUGUCUGAAGGCAGUGCUGUGCAUAAUACAGUUGAUAUGCAGUCAUUGUUUCUUUUGACAGGACCAAAUGGGGGUGGUAAAUCGAGUUUGCUUCGAUCGAUUUGUGCAGUUGCCUUACUUGGAAUAUGUGGAUUUAUGGUUCCUGCUGAGUCAGCCUUAAUUCCUCAAUUUGAUUCGAUAAUGCUUCACAUGAAAUCAUAUGAUAGCCCAGCUGAUGGAAAAAGUUCAUUUCAGGUAGAAAUGUCAGAGAUGCGAUCUAUUGUUAAUGGAGCCACUUCAAGGAGUCUCGUGCUUAUAGAUGAAAUUUGCCGAGGAACAGAAACAGCGAAAGGGACUUGCAUUGCCGGUAGCAUUAUUGAGGCUCUUGAUGAAAUUGGGUGUCUAGGUAUCAUUUCAACUCACUUGCAUGGAAUUUUUAAUCUGCCACUUUGUACGAAGAACACUGUAUAUAAAGCAAUGGCUACGGAAUAUGUUAAUGGGCAAACAAAACCGACUUGGAAACUGGUAGACGGGACCUGUAAAGAAAGCCUUGCAUUUGAAACAGCGAAGAAGGAAGGACUUGCUGAGGCAAUAAUACAAAGAGCUGAAGAACUUUAUUCAUCGGUCUAUGCAAAAGAAGCAUCUUCCGGACUAUCCGAUGCACAGCUUGUGCAGUUUGGUUCUGAAGGAGCUCAUCUUCAAUCAAUUAAAGCUUCAGCAGGAUCUCUUGGUUGUAAGACAAAGCCAACAAACAAAAUGGAAGUCUUGCAGGAUGUUAAGACUGCUGUCACCUUAACAUGUCAGAAGAAGCUAAUAGAGCUCUAUAAGCCAAAAAACACAGCAGAUGUUCCUGUUUUAAAUUGUGUAUCUAUUGCUGCUAGGGAACAGCCGCCUCCAUCAACAAUCGGCGCUUCUUGUGUUUAUAUCAUGUUCAGACCUGAUGAGAAACUAUACAUUGGAGAGACGGAUGAUCUUGAUGGCCGAGUCCGUACUCAUCGUUCAAAGGAAGGGAUGCAAAAUGCUUCUUUCUUAUACUUCACAGUUCCAGGGAAGAGCAUCGCCCGCCAACUUGAAACUCUUCUAAUCAACCAACUCUUAAGUCAAGGCUUCCCUAUUGCCAAUUUGGCUGAUGGCAAACAUCAGAAUUUCGGCACAUCCAGUCUCUCAUUCGACAGCAUAACAGUUGCCUAACGAGUUAAAACGGGUACACAUGCUUCAUCUUAUCCAUCAAAUGUACAUCAAUAUGUACUUAAUUUUAAUAACUAUGGAUUUAGAAUUGACGUAGAAGUGGCCGCAGCAAUUUUGCCUUUGAUCUCGGUUGCUCCACUUGUUUUGUACAUGCACCACCCUUGUAACAGGGGGUAAAAUUUUCUAGUCAUCACUUAUUCAGCAUGUAUCUAUUAGUUCAUUUUGAAGUUUACAUGAAUCAGUAUUGAAUUGUGUUUCAGUUGAUAAUCUAUG